UUAUGAAAAAGACCUCAUUUCUGAAGGAGCUUGAAAACGAUCUGCGCAAAGCGAGGUCUAAAAAUGAUACGCUUAAAGAAGUUAGCAUUUUAUUCGAAAUUGGGGAAAAUCAGUUCAACGACGGACGAUUAGACGACAGUCUUAACCGAUUUGAACAAGUUAUAAACUUAUGUACUGGUAAAAGAAGCUCAACAUUAGAAGAUUAUCAUUUGGAUGGCUUAAGACGAUCAAUCGAUUGCCUAAUAGAGCUUGAGUCUCUAGACGAGGCAUUAUCACGAGCAGAUACUUAUGUCAAGUUGGCCCGGGAACUUAAAAAUGAACCCCACGUUCAACAAGCAUUGCUUAAUAAAGCAAGAGUUUCGAUGUAUUUAGCAGAAAAGCCAGAAAUUACGGAAGAUGAACGGAAAACGAUGCAAAGCGUAGCGGAGAGAAUGUUUCUAGGAAGUGAAAACAGUUUAGGUGAGAUGAAAAAGUUGAAGUUAUCAGCGAGUGAUUUAGAAAUUCCAAGAAAAAAGGCAUCAUUGUACCAAAAUAUGGCCCAAUUUUUCAACAAUAUUGGCGAACGUGAAAAAGCUAUUGAAUACAUGAAACGAGGUAUUGACGUAGCUUCAAAAAGUAAAGAUCUAAACGAUAUUUUAAUACUGCUUUACACUGAAGGCCAAGCCAUUUAUGAAAAAGACAGAUCUUUCAUUACUUGUAUUCAGUAUGCUCAAAGGUGUUUAAACCUGAUUGAUAAAAUGAAAGAAAAAGACGAAGAAAAAUUCAAUUUAUUGUUUACAAUUGCGAGAUAUCAUUGUUGUGAUAACGAUUUAGAAAAGGCAUAUAAAUAUUUGAAAAGGGCUCUUAAGCCCAAAAAAGCGGAAAGGUUUGAUAAUUUCUUUCAAGUUCAAGCGCUGGCCAAGAAAAUUAAACUAAGUAGAAAUAUUGAAGCUCAGCUUGAAAAUGCAGAAUUAACAGAUUUGACGGAAAUUAACGAAAAGUUGGGCGAUAUUUACGCUGAAUUGAAAGCGUUCACACUAUCGAACGAUAAGUACAAAGAAUCGCUGGACAUUUUGAAAAACGAAUCUUUCUUUUCUGAUAAAAUCUAUGAUUUAUCUCUUUCGAUUUGCCUUAAUUUAUGCGACUGUAAUUUGUAUAACGAUGCAUGUGACCAAUAUUUAAACAUAGCUGCUUGUCUUGAAACUCGUUUUGCUGACGUAGACGAUAAAGACGAAAAGUUAUGUCGGAUUUAUAGACACUUAAGUAGAUGUUACAGAAACCUUAGUGAUGAUGCCAAUUCAAGUUUUUAUUGCGAAAAAGCAAAACGCACUGCUGAAACUUCAGGAAACGCUGAUUGUAUUUGUAAAUGCGCCGAUUUGAGAUCACAAAUAAAAACAAAUUCAGUAAAUGCGGAAGUUUCUGUUGAUUCAGACGCUCCGGCUGACGAAGAAUUUGCAGAAGAAAGCGCCGAAGUCUGGAAUACAGAGUUAAGUUCGGAUUCUGAACCAGAAGACUCGGCUCAACUGGCGAGAAAUCUGAUGAAUCGUUACAAGAGAAAUGGAAAAGGUGAAACAAAGCUCCAAGAAGCUGUUAUAAAACGCAACUACGCUUUGGUCAAAGAUCUGAUUGCUAAGAAAUACAGUGUUAAUGUCGAAGAUCAUUUCGGGUGGACGCCCUUACACGAAGCUGUGAACUUCGGACAUGUUGAAAUUUGCGAACUGCUCUUAGAUGCAGGAGCUUACAUUGAAAAACCGAUGAAAAGAAAUGGCUUCACGGCGUUAAUGGAUGCAAUUCAAAAUGAAAAUUUUCAAUGUGCGAAGUUACUUCUUGAGCGAGGAGCUUACCCGUAUAGUGUAGGUAAAAUAGGAAUUUGUGCGGCUGAUUUUUUCGAAUGGGUUGUAAGCAAAAGAUAUAGUGAAAACAACACAACGAAAGAAUUACGAGAACUUUUUGAGGAAAUCCGAACUUUGAUUAAAAACAAAGAAAGACCGAAGUUUGUGAAGAAAGUUGUCAAUUUCAAUGAAAAGGUUCUGGAUAGUUUUCUGGUAUCGGGUGGGAACGAACAGUGUCCAGAGGUUAUUUUGGAAAAAGAUGAAGAAAAUUCGGACCAGGAACAGCCAGAAUCAGAGCCUAUCGAGGUCUACAAACCGGCGCCAGUAGAAGAAGUAAAGUUGGACGAGCCUGGUUUCGCAAUGAAAAUGUACGAAGAUGCUUUGAAACAACAAAGCAAUAGAAAAGCAUUGUACAGACCUAAAACAGCAAAUGAUUAUGUGAAGUCAGAUAAGAUAAAACAAAAACGAGCGGAACGGAAUAAAGAAAAUUUUACGAAGAAUCCGCCGAGAGAGCAAAGCCUUGAAGUUAAUGAGGAUGAUGACCGAUCUUGGGCUGAAGAAGUACGUGAAAAAUUUUCAAAAACUUCAAAGAAUUGUGAAAAUGAUUCAGAUUCAGGUAUUCAAAGCAUAUCAACGAGUAAAAGUUCGAAUUAUUCGAACGCGGCGCAUAAAGAAGUCAUGGAUUUUGCUGAAAAAGACUUAGAGAAGUCCGAAUCGCCAAAGGUGAAAGUCGGUUCCAAACGUCCGAAAAAGACGUCACGAGUAUCACGUGUAGUCAUUGACAGUUCUUCGGAUUCAGAGAAAGAAACUACUCCGCCACCCAAAAGGCACUCAAUCGACAAGUCUUUCAGUUUGCAAAAUAGCGGAAAAAAUAAAUCUCAUCAGAUUUCUCUAAGUGACGAUAUUAGAAAUGACCGAACGCCUGUGGUACCUGUUCAACCGACAAUAGAUGAACGAGGCUACUUGAACGAUAGUUUCGUAGUCUCAGACAGUGGUGAUUCUGACAACGAAAUAGGAGGAAAAUGCUCAACGUCGAAAUGCGGAAAACAAAGUGAUUCUGAUACAGAUAGCAAUGACGAAGACGAUGAUGGCGAAGAUGGUCCUCCCUCGCCUGUGAUUGGCGCUAAAGGCAACACUGCUCAACCAAUCAAAAAUCAGGAAACUGAUAAACCAAUUGGAUUGCAGGAGCUCAAAGAGUCUUUAUGCCCUGGACAAGAAUCCCUCGAUAACUCGACGCAACUUGGAUUGGCUCUAAGUCAACAACCUCUCUGCUCUACGAUGAUUGAUAUUUUUGUUCCUGAGGUCAAAAAUCGGCCUUGUAAUGAAAUAGGAAACUCAACGCCUGUAGAUUUAUCGCCAGUGGUGGUCGAUUUAGCUAGGAUAACAAUUUAUUUUAUUACAAGUAAGGCUUCAGUGGGAUUCACGACUAAGGUUUCAGUGUCUAACGAAGACGAGAAAGUGUCUGAUUUGAUAGAAAAAGCGACAGAGAAGUUUAAACUGAAGUUUGGAACUAAACCAUGUCUGCAAGUCAAAUAUCAAGGGAAAGCGCUCCAAGAGGAUAGCAGACUAUCUGAAAACAUCUUGUCGGCCCUAAACAACAGAAAGAAGGAAGUCUUUGCAAUAUUAACAGGGUGGAACCAACCCCAUCUGAAAGAACAAUUCAAUAAAAUCUGUCGAAAAUCAAAUAUCAAACCAUGUGACUACGCUUUAGAAGUUAUCGGCCAAUAUUCGCCUGAAUCUGGAAACCUCUUAGGUGCAAUUAAGUAUUCAAAUACUGAAAUGACGAGUAAAAUUCUUCAAUCGGCUAUGUAUCAGUCUGUUAAGCAUCUUGCACUUACUGAAAUCACAAUGACUAGUGACCAUUUUGACCAAAUUGGGAGAAUUAUAGCAACGUGUCCAUGUUUAACGCAAAUAACCUUGACUAAAAACAGAAUGGACAUUGAAUACUUUGACAGAGUUGUCGCAGAAUGUCAUCGAAUGUCGCAAUCGAACGUUUUUCUGUCGUCAAGCUUACAAUUUAUGAACUUGAAGGACAACUUUCUAACUGGUUUUAUUUUAUGCAGUUUGAAUAAGUUGUUUCAGUUUUGCUCGAAACUAAAAGUAGUUGAUUUGAGAAACUGCCGACUAGAUGAUGAUUUAAUGCGUAAAAUUGACCCGAAUGAUAAAUCGUUUUUCGAUUCAAUUGAGAAAUUGGAUCUCAGGCAAAAUUUGUCUCUAACGAACAAUUGUAAAGCUAGAAUUUUUACUUUGUUCAAAAAGAGCUGUGACAUUAUGUUGUGAUUGUUUUGGGUUUUCUUGUUUUGUGCUAUUUAUUAAAUUAGUAUAGAUUUUGCAGGUUUGUUUUGCAUAAAUUUAAAGUUU